UAGGUUAUAGAAGAAGACGACGUAACGUGGGGUCCUUUAGAGGGGGUUGGGUUGUUCCAAGAUGUCGACGAAGAAUUUUCGUGUCAGCGACGGGGACUGGAUUUGCCCUGAUAAAAAGUGUGGAAAUGUAAACUUUGCCAGACGGACCAGCUGUAAUAGAUGUGGACGUGAAAAAAGCACUGAUGCUAAAAUGAUGAAAGCUGGUGGCACCGAAAUAGGAAAAACUCUGGCUGAAAAAAGCCGUGGGUUAUUUAGUGCUAAUGACUGGCAAUGUAAAACUUGUGGAAAUGUGAACUGGGCUAGAAGAUCAGAGUGUAAUAUGUGUAAUACGCCAAAGUAUGCUAAGCUAGAAGAAAGGACGGGAUAUGGAGGAGGUUUUAAUGAACGGGAAAAUGUGGAGUAUAUUGAGCGUGAAGAAUCUGAUGGGGAAUAUGAUGAGUUUGGUAGAAAAAAGAAAAAGUAUCGUGGCAAACCAGGUGGUCCUAAAACUGUAAUAAAAGUUGAAGAAAAGGAAGCUGCGGUUAAAGUGGGUGUUACUGUGGAGGACGAUGAGGAGGAAGAAGAUGAGGGAGAGGCAGACCUCUCAAAGUACAAGCUGGAUGAUGAUGAUGAUGAAGAUGAGGAAGAAGACGGCGAUCUAUCAAAAUAUAAUCUUGCCAGCGAUGAUGAGGAUGAUAGUAAAAAUAAGAAACCUGCUCGUAGUAGAUCUCGAUCUUCUCAUUCCAAGUCGUCUCGCUCCUCUUCCCACACAAGCUCAAGGUCUAGGUCCAGAUCCCGGUCGAGAAGCUCUUCCAGUUCCCAAUCAAGAACUCGCUCCAGUCCAAGACGUCCUAGAUCUCGUGGUUCAAAAUCAAGAUCCAGCUCCAGGUCCAACCGGGGUUCCUCUUCCCCAAGAAAAAGAUCUUAUGCAAGUUCACGAUCUUCAUCAUCUCCUGAGAAGGGCAAGAAGAGAAGCCGCUCUAGAUCCUCAUCUGGUGACCGCAAAAAAAAGAGAACGAGAUCACGGUCAACAGAAAGGCGCCAAGGGUCGUCGUCUGGAUCGUCUCACUCUGGUUCCCUUUCUUCAAGUUCUAAAAAGAAAUAAACAAUCUUUGGAAAAGUGGCUUACCUCAUUACAAUACAUGAGGCACACUAUAUUAUUAAAAUGAUAAAAAAAAAAUCCUGUCUUUUUAUGAGCAUUGAUAACUGAGAAAGUAGAGGUGCAUGUCUUUGUGCUUACUCAGCUACAGCAGCAGUUGAUGUUUGCAUUUUAAGCCAUAAGACGUUCAAUAGCAAGGGGAAAAUGGCAAACGAAUGAAUGAAUUUCAUUUGUAUUUUUUCAUUAUUUUUUUUUUCUUCCUUUAAACCACACUUCAAAAGCAUUUCCUUGUUUUUAUUUUUUAAAUGGGGCAUUUGGUUUCCAGUUCCCUAGGACGGCAUAAUUUAUUAUUUUUUUUUGUGCCUAUUUUUACAUUAAACUCACUGCAGCUUCCAACCUAAUCCAUUAUGUCAAUGUCCCUUUAACACAAGUUUACAUGCAGUUAAAAUUUGUAGUAUGUGUAAAAAAAAAAAUUUUUGUUUCUAAAUGAAUUUGUAUUUCUUGUGGCUUAAAUUGCAUUUGCUGGCAACAAAUUUAGAUUGAUAGUUAAGUCUUUUUAAAAAAAAUACUGUUUAAAAUGGAUAAAGAAAAUCUUAAAUGGUGUUACACGGUAAGUAUUAGAAGGUUGUUUCUGUCCUGAACACAAUCUUAACAUAUCUCUAGUAGAUAAGCAUAAUAAAUAUAUAUUUUUAUGGUUCUUCCAGUCAGUUCCAUGGGAUGUUCAAAUAAAUGAAUAAAAACUAAAUUUUCCGAAUAGCUGAGAUUAAAAAAAUCUGGCUUCCAUUUUUUUCUCUGCUAUAGAUAAUUCUGUUUUUCGCUCCUAAUUUGUCUUUAGUUAUGUAUUUUUAUAUUCCUUGAAUGUGAACUGUCAACCAGUGUUUGUUGUGCCUAAUACUUCUAUUCAAAUGUGCAUAACUUUUUAACCAACUGUUGCUAGAAACUACCUAUAGUAUACCCAUCUUUGUGUAAAAAUGUGUGCUGAGAAGGUGAGAGUUUUUACUAUUUAGCAUAUGAAAAAUCAAGGCGCUCUGUUCUGAAACAACUUUUUUUUUUUUCUUUGUUUUUAGCUUAAAUGUCAUUUCUGAAAAAAGUUUGCUGUAGAAAUGUGUAAAUAAAAAAAACAAAACUGACAUGCA